CCCAUUCAUCUCUGCGUGUAGGCAUUGCAUGCGGUGUCGUACAUGUCGCGCCCAAGUAUCCCGAUACUCGCAUUGCUAGGAACCAUGGUAUGCGUCAGAGGGCUGUGUGCCCUGGCUCGAAGCGCUUUGAGUUUGCAGCUCUCGUGCCGUGUCAAAUCGACCGUCGAGGCAAUAGCGAUGUUGACCGGCUGGGAAGCCCGCGACAGCCCGUGUCACGACAAGAGAAAGCGGGAAGAUGCAGUCCGAGUCGCGUGGUUCUCUGCCGCCACAGUCGGCAUUGGCUGCGGCACAGCGGUGCAUAUUUGGAAGGGUUUGUCAUUCGUCACAUCGAGGCUCUCCAUUCUUUUGCGCUCCCUCCGUACUUACAUCGAAGCAGGUGAAGUUGAUUCUUUUACGCCAAUGAGACUGUUCGCCUGA